ACUAGUAGCUUAUUAGCUCUCGAUCCAUGUCCAUGAGGAGCGUUCCAUGACCAACCCCUCCUCCCCCUCUUCACCUCCCUCCACCUCCCGACACCAGCGCCGACGACAUAGCCAAGAAGCCAACGACGACGACGAGGUCGACCACGGCAUUACGUUUCCCGCGCGGCCGGAGGAGGACGACGAGCUGUCGCCGCCUCGGCUGGAAUGGGACUUCCGGCUCGCGGCCACGGUGCCGUCCCCGGCGCUGGCGGGCGCGUCGGACGCCAUCGGCAGCGUCGACUUCGACCCCGCCGGCCGCCUCCUCGCCACCGGCGGCAUCGCGCGCAAGGUCCGGAUAUACACCGUCGCCGACUUCCUGCACCCGCCAACGCAGUCUACGUCGUCGUCAUGUAGCCCCGCGGCGUGCAUCUGCGUGCCGGCAAAGCUCAGCAGCGUGCGGUGGCGGCCCGAGGGAGGCGCGGUGGGGUGCGGCGACUACGACGGCGUCGUGACGGAGUACGACGCGGAGCGCGGCGUGGCGUCGUGGGAGCGCGACGAGCACGCGGGGCGGCGCGUGUGGGCGCUCGACUACGCGCCCCACGGCGCGUCCAUGGCGGCGUCCGGCUCCGACGACCGCACGGCGCACGUCUGGGACCCGCGCGCGCCCUCCGGGACGUCGUGGGCCACGGCGCGGGCCGGCGGCGCGGUUCUGUGCGUGGAGUUCGACCCCUCCGGCGGUCCGCAGCUGGCCGUGGGCUCGGCGGACCGGCGCGCAGCCGUGUACGACGUGCGCGCGCUGGGCCACGGCGCGGUGGCGUGCAUGGACGGGCACGCGCGCGCCGUCACGUACGUGCGCUGGGCGCCGGCGCGGAGGGUGGUGACGUCGGCCGCCGACGGGACGCACCGGCUGUGGGAGUGGCCGGCGGCGACGGCGGUGUCGGGCCCUGCGCGGGAGGUGCGGUCGUACAGCGGCCACGUGAGCGGGAGGAGCUUCGUGGGGAUGGGCCUGUGGCGGGGCGCGGGGCUGGUGGCCAGCGGGUCCGAGUCCAACCACGUCUUCGUCUACGACCUCAGGUGGGCUAAGCCAGUCUGGGUCCACCCCUUCGGCCUCGGCGACGGCGACGCCGGCGGCGGCUUCGUCAGCGCCGUCGCCUGGCGGCAGGGCGACGCCGACGCCGGCGGAGGGGCGCUCGUCGCCGGCAGGUCCGACGGCGUGCUCAAGAUGUUCACGUGCCAGCGCCGGACUACUGAUAACCCACAAGUCGACGACCAAUAGCGCGCGAAGCCACAAUCCCUGUUUCUUCGGAUGCACACCAAUAGUGCGUGUGUGUGAUUCAUUCUUCAUGCCUUCCAAUUUUUAUGAUUAUACUACUUGUUAGAGUACUAGUACUGGGAAAGAGAGAUUAUUUCCAUCUUCUUCUUUUUCUAUUUCUGAUUUUUGUGACUUGGCUUCCUGACCAAUUUUUAUGUACGCACUGAUCUAUUUUUUAAGCAAUAAAAUUCAAAAAUUCUAGACCCAUUAUUACACUGCCAAUUUAUUUUGAGAGCUAUCGUUUGACUCUCUUUUUAUA